AUGAGGGCCACCAGUAUUCUCAUCCAAGCAUGUUUCAUCGUUGCCCAAGUGGCGUCUUACUCCACGGGUAUCCAAAAUACAGGUAGCAACGCUUACUGGCUAAGCUUCCUGACCGACAACGAUGACGUUGAUAAAGUUCUAAGUGAUGCAGAGAGCUCUGGGCUGCGCAUUAUGCGCGUCUGGGGUUUCAACGACGUCAACACGGUUCCUUCUAGUGGUACCGUGUACUUUCAACUGCUCCAGGACGGGAAAGCGACAAUCAACACUGGUUCAGACGGUUUGGAGCGUCUAGACUACGUGGUUUCUUCCGCUGAGCAGCACAACAUCAAGCUGAUCAUCAACUUUGUCAACUACUGGUCAGAUUACGGUGGAAUGCAAGCAUACGUCAGCGCAUUCGGCGGUAGCCUUACGUCCUGGUACACCGACUCUGCAAGCCAAGAAGCCUAUCAGAAUUAUAUCAAGACCGUCAUCUCAAGAUACAUUGAUUCACCGGCUAUCUUUGCUUGGGAGCUUGCCAAUGAGCCUCGUUGCAGCGGUUGCGAUGUCUCCGUAAUCCAUGAUUGGGUUGCUUCUACCAGUGCCUUCAUCAAGUCAAUAGACUCAGCGCAUCUGGUGUGCCUUGGAGACGAGGGUUUUGGCUUGGAUAUUGACUCCGAUGGAAGCUACCCUUACGGUUAUUCCGAGGGCACCAAUUUUACCUUGAAUCUAGGUAUUGAUACCAUCGACUUUGGCACCUUCCAUCUUUAUCCUUCCAACUGGGGCGUUUCAAACUCUUUCGGCAGUCCUUGGAUCGCUGCGCAUGGCGCCGCAUGCGCAGCAGCAGGCAAGCCUUGUCUUGCGGAGGAGUAUGGAGUAACCUCUGACAAAUGCAGCGUAGAAGGUGGAUGGCAAGCAACAGCGCUUGACACUUCAGGUAUCGGUGCGGAUACCUUUUGGCAAUUUGGAGACGAUCUGAGUACCGGCGAAUCCCCAAAUGAUUACUACACUAUCUAUUACGGUACUGAUGACUACACUUGUUUGGUCACCGAUCACGUUGCAGCGAUCUAG